UUUUGAUGUUUUUGGUUUGUGAGAAGGAAAAUCCAGAGGAUUGCAAUAUAAUUUGGAACAUCAUCAGGUAACCCUAUUGCAUUGAGUAAAAGCUGAAACGGAGGGAACAUGAGGAAUUGAGAGUGAGAUGACUAUCUUUCUAUGGUCCGCCCAUCGCGGUGUGUUCAAUUCACAGAGUUGAGUUGCUGGUUGCCUUGGCGCUGUGAGCUCACUAUGGGACAUGGUUUCCUGUAGUGAGGUCAAAUCUUGAUAGAAUUUGAGACUUUAGUCCCGCUGCGAUUGUCGUAUUGGAAGCAUGUUGCUGCUGUUUCUCAAGGAACGCUAAACGGCGCGAAAUUUGUGUUUUUUUCCCGAAAUAUAAGACAUUUUAUUUUUUGAUAUUAAUUUUUUUUUUAAAGUGAGAUCUAUCAAUAGGUUCUUGGAGUGUUUUAUCACACCUGAAGUGUAUUUCUUCAAUCAGAGUGAUUUUAAAUUUAAGAAGACAGUGGUAGGGUUUCAGUAGUUCCUUUCAAGCCAAGGAUUAGCAACUAUGACUUGAUAGUUUGACUUGAUAGUUUGACUUGAAUCAAUGAAUCAUAGAGCAAAAGAAUAGUGUUUAGUAUGGUAAUUUCCAGGAAGUGUGAGGUUUAAUCUUGGAUUAUAAGAAUAAGGAGACUGAAGUGAUAAAUAGGACUGGAUGAUAGUGUAGUGUUGAAGGAUGAUGAUGAAUGCAUUUAUGGACACGGGAGCGUCGGCUCAUCAUCUGGCCACUUAUGGAUUGAAGAUGUCACCAACGGGAUUGGGUCAGGAGGCAGCUGUGUCUGCCGCCGGGAUGGCUGGUGCACCUCCCAUGAAUGAUAUGUCCUCAUCGGCAUCCACGCAGCAUCCCUAUCAGAAUACAGCAACAGCUGGAUAUCCGCCCCAUCAUCCGGCGGCUACUCACAUGAGCCACCUCAAUACCCAGAACAGUCUCUAUCCCAGGGAUUUCCUCCUGCGUCGUGACAAUGAGUACAUCCCACCAACGGGUGCAAGUCAAUCAGCUGCAGAUCCCUCAUCAAUGCUCUUUCCCUCCAUCCACCACCCACAUCCCUCGAUGCAUGACAAUCUAAAUCACCAUUCUGUGGGGCAGCAUCACUUCCACCAACACCAAAUGAGGAUGGGCAUUGCGCCAGAUUACUCACAUCCAGCUUACCAUCAUCCGCACCAGGGAAACUUCCCGUCGGUGCACCAUCAUAACCUGGCCAAUUUACCCAUGAAUGCCGCCCAACCGGGUGCCUUUAUUCGCUAUAUGCGUCACCACCAGCCAUCGGCCAUCAAGCAGGAGAUGCAGUGUCUCUGGGUAGACCCUGACGCUCCCAUGCUCCAUCAGACCACAGCUCCGCCAGGAGGCAGGAAGACCUGUGGCAAAACCUUCAAUUCGAUGCAGGACAUCGUUACCCAUCUCACGGUGGAGCACGUUGGAGGGCCAGAGUGUACCACUCAUGCCUGCUUCUGGAUGGGAUGCACUCGCAAUGGGCGACCCUUCAAGGCCAAGUACAAACUUGUUAAUCACAUCCGUGUCCAUACUGGCGAGAAACCCUUCCCCUGCCCAUACCAUGGAUGCGGGAAGGUAUUCGCACGGUCCGAGAACCUCAAGAUUCACAAACGAACACACACUGGUGAGAAGCCAUUUAAGUGUGAACACGAGGGAUGUGACAGGAGAUUUGCCAAUUCAUCUGACCGGAAGAAGCACUCGCACGUUCACACCUCUGACAAGCCAUACAAUUGCCGAGUGAAUGGGUGUGAUAAGUCCUAUACGCAUCCUUCGUCACUCAGAAAGCACAUGAAGGUACAUGGGAGCCUGGGAGAGAAAUCACCAUCUCAUGCUUACGACAGCGAAGGUGACGAAUCGAGUUCGUCGAGUGUGAUCACGGGAGGUACGCAGACGCCACCGACGACGCGUCUGGGUGGUGCGACGGACAAACUGCUGACACCGUCGUCGAUCAAGUCAGAGGUCACCCAUGGUCAUCAUACGCACCUGUCGCAUCAUCCAUUGCACAAUAACAAUAAUAAGCCACCGCCACCGCCUGCCCCCUAUGCUCCGCUUGCACCGCACCAGACGCCGCCCGUAUCGUCUGCCUCGUCGAUGCUCGUUGGUCAUCAUCAACACCAUCUCCUGUACCAUCACUCGCAGCAUCCCAACGACUGGUACCACCACCAUCACUCACCCAGCGCACCCGCCGCAGACACCAUGACGCACCUCAACCACUUCAGUCACCACCACCUUGUGCACCACGGUGCCGCCACGGCAUACUGAGGAGAGUCGUCCCUUGCUGCCCAAAUCGGACAGCAUGAUCCAGGACUCACUGGGGACUGGUGACCUUAUCCCCAAAGGGUGUUGUUUGCGUGUGUAUUCUAAUUUUUAGGUGGACGAUAUUCCUUGAAAGUUAAAUGUCUCAGAAAAUUUUCGAAGACACCGAUUUGUGCCUCUGCUUGUAUCCCUCUGGAAGUAACGACAAAAAAUUCUUAGAAGUAAGCAAAAAAAACCUACAAGACGAAGGGAACCACAUAAAAAUUUAAUUCAAAAUUUCGUGUUGAUAACAAAAGAAAAAAAUGUGAAGAUUUCAGUUCAAAAGGUUACCCUUCGUAUCCCACACGACAAACUACUAUUAAUUAGGGCUUCUUGUGAAAAAAAACUGACGACUUUUGCUCGAUUUAGAUGAAAAUUUUGAGUCACUUUCCAAAUUGACGAUUUAGAAAAUUUAUAUUAAAAAAAAGAAAUAGACGAUUAUUAUAAUUUCUUUCAGACACCUCACAAAUUGUAGUGAAAAUAGUAGAUUUCUUUUUGACAAAAUAAUAAUUUAUUGCAAGUGUGAUAAAAAAAUAAAAUAUUGUAAAUAGAAUAAAAAAUAGUAAUUUUAAUUUUAUUGUAUGUUGACCAAUAAGAGAGAAGUAAUAUUAUUAUUGUGUAAAAUUUCGCGCUUCAUCCUCCUAGGCAUUUCAUGCAAAAAAAAAAACAUUUUUCGAAUAAUUCUCCCCUCCAAAACUUGUCGAAAAUUUAAUUAAUUUAAUAAAAAAAACAAUAGAGCGUCAACAGUGAGACACAAAAAAAAGAGAGUCAGUGAGAAAUGAAUAAUGAGUUUUACUAUAAAUAAAAUUUAUUGUAAAUUGUAAUGUUGUAAAUAACAAUUGAAAAUAAUUGAAGAAUUAAAGUAUUGUGAAUGUAUUAUACAUGAAAUAUAUUAUUAUUAUAUAAAUC